AUGGGCCGAAGUGAUGAGCCAAUGGCGAUUAAGACGAAGUUGGGAUGGGUUAUCUUCGGGAUGGACACCAAACUUCGCGAAGCCUCCGAACAUUUUCUGAUGAUCCACUACGAGGAAAAUGCCAUGAAUAGCAUGAUGCGAAGCUACUUCAGUACCGAAGACUUUGGAGUGAAACCAGUAGCAACAAUAGAGUCGAGCGAGAUGGAACGUGCCGAGAAAAUCAUUGCCAACACCCUGGUGAAAUCACAGGGACGUUACGAGAUAGGUCUAUUAUGGAAGACCGACGAAGUGAAGUUUCCGGACAGCUACCAAGCUGCUUUACGACGUCUAGAGAGUCAGGAAAAGCAGCUGAAAAGGAACCCUGAAAUGCAGACUUGGUUGUGUGAAACCUUCAAGGAGUACGAGAAGAAGGGAUAUGUAAGAAAGCUCUCACGGGAAGAAGCAGCACUGCACGGGCCGCGUACCUUUUAUUUGCCGCACUUCGUGGUCGUGAAUAAAAACAAGCCGGUGCAGGUCAUGACGUUUGGUGCAACGUGCUCGCCAUCAUGUGCUCAAGCGGUAAAAAAUCGAAACGCCGAAGAGCAUCAACUUACUCACCCGCUGGCCCUUAGACCCAUCACUCGUCAGCAUUAUGUGGACGACUACUUGGACAGCUUUUUCUCGCUGGAAGAAGCUAUCGAAACGGUGGAACAGGUGAGAAAGGUUCACGCGAUGGGUGGAUUCCUCAUAAGGAAUUUUGUGUCGAAUAAUUCAAAGUUGAGACAAACAAUACCGGAAGAACAUCAACUCCACCAAAGUCUAGUGGACAUCAAGGAAAAAAACCAAUGCGUCGAAAAAAUAUUGGGUGUGCAGUGGAAUACGCAGCUGGACACGUUUGGUUAUAGAGUGAAUAUAGCAAGAGCUCGCACCGAUGUCGGCGGAGAACUACCCACCAAACGAGAGGUGUUGAGUUUCGUCAUGUGUAUAUAUGAUCCCCUCGGUCUCAUCAGCCACCUUACAAUUCAAGGGAGGAUUAUCAUGCAAGCUGUCCACAUAGCCGUUGAGGACUGGGACGCAAAGAUUCCCGACAAUCUCGCAGCAAAGUGGCAUGAAUGGACGACAACCAUCAGUGAAGCAAAGGAUCUAGCCAUUCCUAGACCAAUCACCGCGGCAGGAAAUGCGCCGAUCGAUAUCCACACCUUUGUGGACGCAUCCCUAGAUGCAUUUGCAGCAUGCGUGUACGCAAGAAGCUGCUUUAAAGGGUGCUAUGUCGUGAGGCUUGUCGCUGCCAAGGCUCGAGUGGCUCCGAUCCAUUCAUUAACGAUUCCAAAGCUCGAGUUGCAAGCCGCCAUUUUGGGAGCGAGGCUCACCGAAACCGUUGCAAAAGAGCUCAGACUGCCAAUCCACCGCACCACGUUCUGGACUGAUUCACGAACAGUAUUGUCGUGGAUCAAUAGCGAGCAUCGGAAAUUCAAACAAUUUGUGGCGCACCGAGUAAGCGAAAUUUUGGACACGAGCAGCGCCAGCCAAUGGAGGUGGGUCCCUUCAAAGGAAAAUCCAGCCGAUGCCGCCACCAAGGUAACCAACGCAAGCAUGUGGUUUAAUGGUACAGCAUUUCUAUUAUCAAAAGAGUGUGAUUGGCCCGAGCAGCAGCCUGUCUCAGACACAGAGGAGGAGAAGCGUGUCGCCGCAAAUCUAGUGCUUCACCAUCACGAGACAGUGGUUCCCGAGCUAAAUUAUUCAACAUGGGACCGCCUGCUUCGCCAUCACACAUUUUUAAAGAAAUUUGUGGAUUUUUUGAAAGACCGGAAUGCGUUCAACAAGAUGAUUGGACGCGAGGACGUAGAACACGCCAAAUACGCCUUGUUACGCAAGGCGCAAUGGGAAGGGUUCCCGGAUGAAAUGGAGGCCCUAACGAGGGGGCAGGAAAUAUCCAGCAAGAGCAGUAUCAAAACAUUGUUGCCUUAUUUAGAUCAGCACAAUCUCCUGAGGUCGCGAAGCCGUUUAGAGAACGCAACGGCGCUACCAAAAAGCGCGCGCUCACCAAUACUUCUGCCGCAAAAACCGCGCAUCGUGAAGCUUCUCGUGCGGAACUACCACGAGAAGUAUCAUCAUCAGGCCGACAAUGUCGUAAUCGGUACCUUGCGACAAACCUACUGGAUCGUGCAGCUGCGGAACGUUUUGAAAGCUGUUAAAGGUUGCUGCCAGAGAUGUAUCCUCAACACCGCUACCCCGCAAACCCCUUUGAUGGCACCCCUGCCAUCUUUCAGGACACACCCUCACAAUCCGCCAUUCCUACACUCGGGAGUGGAUUAUUUUGGGCCCCUCGACGUUACCGUGAAGCGGUCCAUCGAGAAACGAUGGGGGGCAAUAUUCACUUGCAUGAGCACGCGGGCCGUACACAUCGAACUGGCCGAGAAGUUGGACGUCGAUAGCUUCUUAAUAUGCCUGAAGAAUUUCACGAACCGACGAGGCAAGAUCACCCACUUAUACAGCGACAACGGGACCAACUUCAUAGGCGCGGAUAGGCUGAUGAAGAAGUUGGUGGAAGAGAUCGGAGAGAGAAUGGGAAGAGAAGCCGCCCUGAGACACCAGAUUGAAUGGAAAUUCAAUCCGCCGUCCGCUCCCCACUUCGGAGGAUCGUGGGAGCGGCUUAUUCAAAUAGUGAAGAAAGCGCUACACCACAUGGCGACUGAGUGGAAGACGCGACACUCCUACCCGGAAACGUUGCGAGCGGCGUUAAUAGAGAUAGAGGCUAUGAUCAAUUCGCGGCCAUUGACGCACAUACCAUUGUCUAACGAGGAAGACGAGGUUCUAACGCCGUUCCACUUCCUUAUUGGACGAGGCGUUGAGAGCCUGCCGCCGGACAGUCUGGACACAUCCUAUGUAUCCAGGCAGCAGUUUAAAGUGGCCCAGCAUAACGCCAAGGUUUUCUGGGAUCGCUGGAAGAAGGAGUAUCUGCCUACACUCAUCAAGCGGAACAAGUGGACCAACAAGGCAGAACCAGUGAAGGUGGGCGAUGUAGUGGUGCUCACGAACGACAACGCACCCGCGGGACAAUGGCUGAAGGGCAAGGUGCUGGAAGUGCACCCAGCUGCGGAUGGGCAAGUUCGCGUCGUGUCCGUGAAGACGGCUACCGGAAUCCUGAAGCGACCGGCCGUCAAGGUAGCAGUAGUGGACGUGAAGCCCAAGGAGCAUCUACUCGUCGUGAAGCAACCGCCAUCCAAGACGACCAAGCGGGUGCUGGAAGAUGACGUGACUUUGAGGGAGGCCCCGUCAACCAAGCGGAUCAUCACAGCUGGCGACUGGAUAACCAGAUUGCUUGCGGACAAUUCAGAUCGCGAAUGA